ACAGGGCAGAAAAAAUGGUCCCGGGAGGGUUGACAAAUGAAACACGAAUCCAGCCAUGCGGCAAGGGUCUUAUUCUGUCUCUGAUCUGGGGAAGUUUUCGUAUUGUCAUGGAGAGAAAUGCACGUGCACACACCCUGAAACCCACACGCAUGCACCCCUUCUUCGGAGAAGCCGGUUACAGGAAACUGACUCGGGCACAGGAACUUGCUAACCUCUUUUGUCACAUUCGGUCGGCUCCUGCCGCUCAGUCACCACGCACAUUCCACCCAGCGUCUUGGGUUGGAAGGUUUACCAGCCCCGACACUGGCAUUUUUAGUUCUUCCAGUGCGAAUCAGCUGUAGUCUUGGGGAGGAAGGAAAGGCUGAUCUCAGAAGGAAAUCCUAACAGGGAAAGGGCCUGGCUGCUUUUGUUUUUCCUUACCUGCACCCAACAACAUUGACUUCCGGAGUCAGUCAUUUUGGUGUCAAGAAAUCCUACAACAGGUGACUAGGAGGCGGCUGUCCCACACACAGAUGAGCAGUUGGGAGCCGUUAACCCAGAACUCUCCUACCAGGGCCCAAGCUCCAAGAUGUGCGGUGAGGAUUCAGUCACAAGAGAAAAACCAAAAGGCCUGACUUAAGAGCUAGAAGCUGCCCACCAGUUUUGUUCUGCCUUCCAGUGCCCAGUCCUCUCUGCAUGUAAAGUUCAGGGCUUUGAAGUGGGCCAGGGCUGAAGGCCAGACUUUGGAGCUUUUCAAAGUAGAUCGAGGUCUCUCUCGGAUGCAUGGAGAGAAGUAACAUUCUGCAAAUUGCUGUUGGAGACCCCGGAACGACAAACCCAUCUGGUUUCUAUUCCCUGUGUUGAAUGGCAUUUGCUUCAGCCAUUCAAGGAUUCUGAACGUGUAACGAGGGAUCCAGGCCGGGAAGAUGCUGAGUUCCAUCAAGUGUGUGCUGGUGGGAGACUCGGCUGUGGGGAAGACCUCCCUGUUGGUGCGCUUCACCUCAGAGACCUUCCCAGAGGCCUACAAGCCCACGGUGUAUGAGAACACGGGCGUGGAUGUCUUCAUGGAUGGCAUGCAGAUCAGCCUGGGUCUGUGGGACACAGCCGGCAACGACGCCUUCAAAAGCAUCCGUCCCCUGUCCUACCAGCAGGCCGAUGUGGUGCUGAUGUGCUACUCUGUGGCCAACCAUAACUCUUUCCUGAACCUGAAGAACAAGUGGAUUGGCGAAAUCAGGAGCAACUUGCCCUGUACCCCAGUGCUGGUGGUGGCCACCCAGACUGACCAGCGGGAGAUGGGGACCCACAGGGCCUCCUGCAUCAGUGCCAUCGAUGGGAAGAGACUGGCCCAGGAUGUGAGAGCAAAGGGCUACCUGGAGUGCUCAGCCCUUAGCAAUCGGGGGGUGCAGCAGGUGUUUGAGUGUGCCGUCCGAACUGCCGUCAACCAGGCCCGCAGACGCAACCGGAGGAAGCUCUUCUCCAUUAACGAGUGCAAGAUCUUCUAACCUCCGAGAUUUCGCCCAACGCUCGUUUACUCACCCACCUCAAAGCUCAUGGGGACAGGGAGAGCCAACAGCAAGGGCUGAUGCUCUUUCUGGGUCCAUCCCGAGCAGGGUUUGCUUUUGGAUAUAGUUUGUUGAUGGGACUUGGUCACUGGAUGGUUUUAUUAAGUACAUUCUGCAAAUGAACUCCACGUCCAGUCCAACUAAGCAGUCUCUUGAGAAGCUGUAAUGAAUAUUCUAUCUCCGGUUAAAAAAACUAAAAUGGCCUCUAUAACUUUGGACAGUGAAGUGAGUUUUCCAAAGAAUCCUAUAUUUAAAGACAUGUUUUAUUUAAAUGAUAACAAAAUGUAGAGCUCUUGUACAUAACUAGUUUUCAUGCUUGGGAAGUCUUUUCCUACAGACUCACAAACACACCCUGGUGUAUGUGUGAAAUGACCUUACAGGACUCUGCCGUAUGUUCCGAGUGUUCUUUUCGCCUGAAGUAGUAACUUUGUUGAAGCCACUUGCCUACCUGAUUUUACUAGGUGAUCAAAUUUUAAAAGGACUACCAACCGAUCCUUGCUAUUAUUUCCCACCCAGCUGUUAACCAAUUUGUAUAUCAAAGACAUUCGAUAACAUAUGCUACUUUAAUACUGCCUAAUGAUUUUAAACAGUUAUCCGUCUAUUUUCCUGUAAUUAUAUAUAAAAAAGCAUGUCUUAUUUAUGAUACUACCUUUCACUCAGCGAACUCCCAUGAUGCACUAAGUAUUCCUCUUUCAUUUACCAAAACGGAUGAAAGGAAAACCUUUUGGGUAGGGAAUCUGACUGCUCCAAGUAAUAGCAGCAGAGCUCGGAACAGGAUUUAAAAAUCUCACUUUCCUUUGGGGACCGCUGCACUUUGCCUGGGUUUUCCAACACUGGCUCCCGCCCGGUUGCAGGCCUUGGGAAUGAGAGCAGGCUCAGCGUUCUGUAUGCUGGUAAUCUGGGGAAUUUGUUACUUGAGCUCUUAACUGACCUGGAAGGGCAACUAUAAUUUAUUAAUUUUAGGAUCUAAUCAGAGUAAUUACUAAGGUGUCUAUGUACAUAUGUGUAUGUGUAAGGGAACACGGGUACACCUUACAGCUUUUACCGUUUCAUCAAUGUGAAGCACCAGAGUAAAAUAAAACCAAAAAAACCCCCAAACCCCCCCCCCCACAAAUUCCAAGCAUAGGGAACAGGAAAACUGUAUAGCAAAUUUUCAGAUAACAAAAUCUUAUCAGGGAAAGUACUGAAUAAUGAAUCCCACCUCAAACCGCAUUCUAUCUAAAUAGUUUAAAAACAAUGGCAUCAAUCAUCUGUUAAAGCUGAGAACACAAGACCGUGUUACUUGAGGAAGAAAUAGCAAACGCUGGCACCGGAUACAUCAUUUACUCACCUAAUCCACUAAGACUCAGGACCACUCUGGACCACGUUUAUUAAAGUGCAUCAUUGUUAUGUUAUAAUGUGACCAUUAGAUACAAAUGGUAAGGCACUUGGCGUAAAUGACUAUGAUUAAACUUAUGUUGACAUAACCAUGCCAGUUGUUCAGUUUCCUUAUGUGGUCAAGUCUUUAUAGCUAUAAUCAGUGUUAAAAUCAAAUGUGUGCUCAUCUCCACACUUUUUCUCUUCUCUCUCUCUCAUCCGCAUC